CACUUCUCACCAUCGCCGGAUCUAACUUCCACUUCAAUCUUCUUACUAACCGGCUACAGCCAGUGCACCACCCCCUUACCGGCCCUUCCGGUCACUCCCCCUCUCCAAGUCCCGCUAGGUAUAUAAUAAACAUCGAUCGAACUCUGCAAAAAGUUUCUGCUCCUUCACCACGACGUCUACAUUCAAAGCUGACUUUUUCCUUUGUUCUUAUCAUUGCAAAACCCUAGAGCUUAGAGUCGUCUUUAUCAGCAAAGAAACCCAUUUUUAAAGUAAUGACUGAAGUUGGUGAUAUAGAAAGUUAGAAAGACAAGAUUAAGGUAUUGUUUAAAGGUGAAAGGAUAAUAAUUCAUCUAGUGUUUAUCUAUAACUGAUACAUUGUACCAUUAAUAACACUGGCUCCGGAUACUUACUUGGGUGCCAGCCAAGAAUCAGCCUUCAACCGUAUGGGCCCUUCUCGGGCCGGUGGGGGAAUGAUAAAUUCUUCAUCAAGUUCUGGCAUCUUUUUUCAAGGAGAUAUGACAAAUCCGAUUGGAAAUGUUCAGAUGGGAUCGUUUGGGAACAUGUCGAAUCCGGUUCCCAGAAAUAUACAUCCAAGUGUUCCUCCUGUCUUUGCAGACAUGCCCAACAAUGUUAUGAAUAGUGUCGCUACUUCGGGUACGAGCAUCGGUGCAAGUUCGAUGGUUACAGAUGCUAAUUCAGGGCUUUCGGGAAGCGGGCCACAUCUCCACAGAAGUGCAAGUAUCAACACAGAAUCCCAUAUGCGUUUACCUGCAUCACCUUUAUCGUUUUCUUCCAAUAAUAUAAGUAUUUCAGGUUCUUCGAUCAUCGACGGACCGUCUGCGGUACCGCAAAGCUCGAACCAAGAUAACGUGUCGGUGUCUCACUUGCAAAAGAAACCGAGAUUAGAUAUCAAACAGGAAGAUAUGAUGCAACAACAUGUCGUUCAUCAGAUAAUGCAACGACAGGAUACGAUGCAGUUACAAAACCCGAAUCCUCAACUGCAAGCUUUCAUUCAGCAACAACGAUUACGACAACAGCAACAUCAGCACCAGUUGCUGCAGUCUCUGCCGCCAGUGCAACGGGCCCACUUGAUUCAGCAACAACAGCAGCUUCAGCUGAGACAGCAGCUUCAACAACAAGGGUUGCAAUCUGCAUCGGUAAUGAAACGUCCCUAUGAUGGUGGUGUGUGUUCUAGAAGACUAAUGCAAUACUUGUAUCAUCAAAGGCAACGUCCUGCUGAUAAUAAUAUUGCGUAUUGGAGGAAGUUUGUGGCAGAAUAUUAUUCUCCACGUGCCAAAAAAAGGUGGUGCUUGUCUUUAUAUGAUAAUGUUGGUCAUCAUUCGUUGGGUGUUUUUCCCCAAGCAGCUGUAGAUGCGUGGCAUUGUGACAUUUGCGGGUCAAAAUCCGGAAGAGGGUUUGAGGCAACUUUCGAAGUAUUGCCUAGGCUCAGUGAAAUAAAGUUCAGCAGUGGUGUUAUAGAUGAACUUUUAUUUCUGGAUUUGCCUCGAGAGAGUAGAUUUCCUUCUGGAUUAAUGAUUUUGGAGUACGGGAAAGCGGUUCAGGAAAGUAUAUAUGAGCAACUUCGUGUGGUUCGCCAGGGUCAACUUAAAGUUAUUUUUACCCCUGAUUUGAAGAUAUUAACUUGGGAGUUCUGUGCACGCCGGCAUGAGGAACUUCUUCCUCGUCAACUAAUCGCACCCCAGGUGAAUCAGUUGUUACAGGUUGCACAGAAAUGCCAAUCUACAAUUUCAGAUGGUGGAUCUGAUGGGGUUUCCCAGCAAGAUUUGCAGACAAACAGUAAUAUGGUUGUGACAGCCUGGCGGCAGCUUGCCAGGAGCUUGGAGUUGCAAUCUAUAAAUGAUUUGGGGUUUUCUAAACGAUAUGUGAGGUGUUUACAGAUAUCUGAAGUUGUUAGUAGCAUGAAAGACUUGAUGGAUUUCUGUCAAGAAACCAAAGUGGGCCCAAUAGACGGGUUGAAAAGUUUUCCCCGACAGAUGUCGAGCGUUCAAGGCCUCUCAAAUGACCGAACCGAACUUAAUAAGCUAGUUGCACUGCAACCGGACCUGAACAGCCCAGCGAACAACACUAACCAUCAAAUGGCUAACCGCGUAGUUCCACUUAGUGGUGCAGCCCAAUCGGCUGUUACACUUUCAAAUUACCAAAAUAUGUUGAUGAGACAAAAAUCUUUGAAUUCAAACUCCCAACAAGAAUCCCCUAGUUCCAACCAGAACGGGUCGUCGUUACAAAGUUGGGCCUUGCAGAAUAACAGAGUCGGCGGCGGUUGCGCCUUUCCAAAUGCUCAUCUCCUCCAGCAACACCACCAGCAGCCGCCUUCUCAAGGCGACAACCAGGCUGCACAGCGACACAUGAUUCAGCAAAUGUUUCAAGAUAACAAUAAUAAUAACAAUAACAAUGUCGGAGGGGGUGUUGGUGGAGGGCCAAAGCCGUCGGUCUCCGGGCACAGUGGUGGCAGUGAGAGUAUGAGGUAUGGAACGGGACCGACCAGAAGCAACAGCUUCAAAGGUCAUUUAUCUGAAGACAUUGGCGGCGACAUUGGUAGCGUGUUUAAUGAGAAUGGAUUCUUUAACAAUGAUGAUUUUGAGGAAAGUUUUGGUUGGCAGGAUGAACAUAUUUGAUGAAGAUGUUUCUUUGUACAGUUGGAUUGAAUUUGAAUUAUCUUACAUUUAUGAAGGGUUUGUCAUCCAAGUGUAAUCUAUGCUUAUACACAUUUAAGAACUUCCAAGUUUUUAACUGAUAUCUAUGAUUUUC